AAAUUAUGAGUGGGUUAUAAACAGAAAUUAUGUGAAUUAUAGCCAGUCAGAUUUGAUGGUCAUUGUGAAAUGUCCAGUGGAAGACUGCAACCAAAACUGCAAAAUUACAAAAAUGACAUGACCACCACUCUGAUUCUUUGUUGCUUCAUAGCCAAGAGGUAAAUGUGAAUGUUUUUGUUGUCAGUUACUUUCACUAGGUCACAUUCAAAUAUCAUAUAAUAAUCAUUGUUGUUUCCCAGUGGGGAAAUUAACGGUGUUACAGCAAAAAAAAAAAAAAAGUAUCGGUCAAAUAGAAGCAUGCAGAUACCCACUUAAAUAAUUACAGCAAUUGGCAAAAAACACAUAAAAAAACUCUACAAAAGACAGAAUUGCAAAGUGUGACAGAUGUGCAGUCAUAAAUAAAUAGGAAAUGUAAAUCGUAAAGCUUAAAAGAUUAUUGAAAUACAUUUUGCCUGUGUAAAUUUUGCUUUUAUUUUUGCAAAUAGAUUAUCGGCAAGACACCAGAAAUGAAGGGAAAAAUACGUGGGUGUAAACUGUUUUUGAUGCUUUAUUUGGCAUGUUGGGAGCUGUGGUGAUUUCAAAGCCUAGCAGCUGUUAGACUGGUCUAAAGCAGCUAUUAUCGCUGCUUUAAAGAGCUCCUUUUCCUAACCUAGUGCUGUUUGUACCUCUGUGUUGAAGCGAGAGUAGGUUAAUCCUCAGCAGCUUUGGUUGACAAGCUACUGUGGCAAAACUCCAACUCCCACAAGCCCUUUCGGCACCACCCAUGCGCCGCAGUCAAUCAGCUGUUGAAGCAACUGCUGACUACCUCGGCACAAGCGUAGCUGGUUUGUCAUACCCCAACCCAGGCGAAGCAAACAGAAAUAUCUCUGUUCACAGUCUGAAAAAGGUGAAGGAACAAAAGGUAAAUCCAGCUUCCCUUCGAGCAGAGGUGCGACCUCACAGUGUGUGCUUGUUGUUCUGCCGGGGGCAGAGGGACACAUAUGGAUUACAGAGGCGAUUUUCGUGGCAAGAAGUCGUUAAAAAUAAGCCCGAACUAUCGAGGUGUCUUUUCACCUUGCUGAAGGACAGCUGUAUUUACUGACGUAUGCAAAUGAAUGUCAGGGGAGGUCCUUAGGCGAGAAAAGCACUGAAUCAGUUUCACAUUGCAGAGCUGGAGUUCCUGCGUGGAAGGAGAAACGAGACGUGGCGAAAUCUGCUCAGCAAACCAUGCAGGAUGAUUUACUGAUGGACAAAAACAAAGCCCAGCCUCAUCAGCAGCAAGAUCCGACACAAGUAGACCCUCCUCCCUGCACACCGACCCCGUCAUCGGACCUCAUUUCAUCUUCAUCCGAGUCGGAGAGCCCGUCGACCGGCAGCAGCCAAGCGGCUUCCGCGCUAAGCAGCGGCAGCAGCAAGGACAGAGUCCCGAUGGAGUCGCCGAUCCUGCCCGGUCCGAGCUUCCAUCACCCGCUUCAGGAGACCGGCGGACCUCUGAGCUCCCCUCCGUCCUCGUUCGGAAGCACUUGGUCCACGGGAACCACAAACGCCGUGGAGGAUAGCUUUUUCCAGGGAAUACCCUCGGUGAACGGGACGAUGCUCUUCCAGAACUUCCCACAUCACGUCAACCCGGUCUUCGGGGGCAACUUCUCCCCGCAGAUCGGCCUGCCCCCGCAGUCCCAGCAACAUCAACAUCAUGCCCAGCAGCAGCAGAGGAGGUCCCCUGUCAGCCCCAGCCAGGGCCCCUUCCCCCAGAGAAACGCUUACCAGACCAUCAUGAACAACAGCAAGGGGUCUUCCUCGUCUUCUCCGGCUUCCUCUUCUGCCUGGAAUAAUCACCAGAACGCCGCUUGGAGCACCGCGUCUAACCCCUGGAGCGGGCUGCAGCCAGGCAGGGACCCGCGCCGAGCCGUGGGCGUCGGUGUAGGGGUCGGCGUCGGAGUACCGUCACCCCUCAACCCCAUCUCCCCGAUGAAAAAGCCUUACACCAGCAAUAUCAUAGCACCUCCAAAAUUUCCGAGACCCGGUGGUCCCCUCGCCCCCAAGCCCUGGAUGGAGGACACCGCGUUCAGGACGGACAACAGUAACAACAUACUGCCUUUCCAGGACCGGAAUCGGCCCUUUGACGCUUUUAGCUUGCACUCUUUGGAGAGUUCCUUAAUGGAUAUGAUAAGGACUGACCAUGACAAAGGUAAACCGCACCCUGCCGGUGGCCCACCAAUGACUAUCGCUGAUAUUAUAUGGAGGAAUCAUUUUGCAGGACGCAUUGGACUCAACUUUCACCAUCCUGGAGCAGACCACAUAUUGCCCCCAAAUACAGCCCGAAGCUAUGGCCGCAGACGAGGUCGUUCCUGUCUUUUUCCCUUUGAAGAUGGCUUCCUCGACGACGGCCACGGUGACCCCUCCCUGACUCCGGGUCUGAACUCACCGACCCGCUGUCAGAAUGGGGAGAGGAUGGAGCGCUACUCAAGGAAAGUGUUUGUUGGAGGCCUUCCCCCCGACAUAGAUGAAGAUGAAAUCACCAACAGUUUCCGCCGCUACGGGCACCUGGUGGUGGAUUGGCCCCACAAAGCUGAAAGCAAAUCCUACUUCCCACCUAAAGGCUACGCCUUCCUGCUUUUCCAAGAAGAGGCUUCAGUGCAGGCCUUGAUCGACGCCUGCAUUGAGGAGGACUUGAAGCUCUAUCUGUGCGUGUCCAGUCCCACCAUCAAGGACAAACCCGUCCAGAUCCGUCCCUGGAACCUGAGUGACAGCGACUUUGUCAUGGACGGCUCCCAGCCUCUGGAUCCCCGGAAAACCAUCUUUGUUGGGGGUGUUCCUCGGCCCCUGCGUGCAGUGGAAUUGGCGAUGAUCAUGGACCGGCUGUAUGGAGGCGUUUGCUAUGCCGGAAUCGACACCGAUCCGGAGCUCAAAUAUCCGAAGGGAGCCGGGCGUGUGGCCUUCUCCAAUCAGCAGAGCUACAUCGCUGCAAUCAGCGCCCGUUUUGUCCAGCUGCAGCACAACGACAUUGACAAAAGGGUGGAGGUGAAGCCGUACGUCCUUGACGACCAGAUGUGUGACGAGUGCCAGGGGGCGCGCUGUGGCGGGAAGUUCGCCCCUUUUUUCUGUGCCAACGUCACCUGCCUGCAGUACUACUGCGAGUACUGCUGGGCCAGCAUCCACUCCCGAGCCGGCCGGGAGUUUCACAAGCCUCUGGUGAAGGAGGGGGGCGACCGCCCUCGACACGUGUCCUUCCGCUGGAGCUGAGAGGGUCACGGAUCUGCACUACCCUCCCCAUGAACCCACACCGGAUCCCCAAGGGAAAGAAAACAGCCCCCAUGGCUCCACCCUGGUCCCCACAAGCACCCCCCACCCCCCUCCUGCAAAAAAAAGAAGCGAAAUGGAUCACAUUCACGGGACUUGUGUGUUUAUUCCACAUGGUUCGGAACUCAUUGUCCAGUGAUCCCCUCUGAUGAAGCUUUGUGGAGAAAAUGAAAAACUCCAUCAGCUUACAAUUUGCACUUUGGCACAAAGUCUCACUAAAAACACACACACAUCCACACACACGGGAUGGUUUGGUAUUUUCGACACCUGGCUACUUUCAUUUCCCUGCUCUGGCACACCCUUACUCAAGUAGAGCUGGGACAAUUCACAUAUUUAAAAAAUAUAGAUAUAUUUUUUGUUUUCUGCUUAUCUAGACAUAAGUAGAUAAUUUAAAUUUUAUGCAAAAGGAGCAUGCACUUACCUUAAAACAGCUGUAGUUAUAUUGCCCCUAGUGAAAGAAAAGACUACCAAAGGCUAAUUGAAUAAAUGUAUACAUUAAAGCAAAAUAGGUGGCAUAAGAUGUAGCAAGAAUUAACAGCUAUUUAGUAGUAAGGGCACAUAUUGCCCUAGAGGAAAAUAACUGAUAUAUUCACUCUCAAUCGUGACUCUGUAAAUGUUAAUACCUCACAAUCGGAUUAGUUUGCGUUCGAUAUCUAGGUCUUUAUUUUUAUAAUAACAUCAUUUUUUAGUGUUAUGUAAAUGUACUGCUGCCGGAGCUUUGCUGCUAAAUCCAUGGUAUGAACAGAUACCCUAAGUACUUUAUUUUUCCAGCGAGGGUGGAGAGGAGUGACCCAGAGAUCCAGAAAAGCAGCUGGCGUUUCAGGACGAAGAGUUGUCUCAGGCAACUAUGGCUAACGUUGGGGGCGGGGGGGGUCAGGGUGGGUCGCCCCUAACUGCAUGCUUGUUCUAGUCGGGCUGCAUCCAAAAGACUUUUUCAGAUUCUGCCCAGGUUUGCACCAAGUUCUGCAAGUCAUGCUGCCCCCUGCUGAAGGAUUCAUACCGCUUUGACCUUUCCACCUUUUGUCGUGUCACAACAAACCUCAUUGUAUUUUACUGGGAUUUUGUGUGAAUGGACCAAGAAAAAGUAGCGCGUCAUUUAUUAAUCAGAAGGAACAUUGUUUUUAAACUUUUUACAAAUUAAAAACCUGAAAAGGUCAGCAUUAAUUUGUAUUCUGCCCUUUCUGAGUACAUCCUAAUAUUUCAGCUGCAAGUCUUUUGGCAUAUGUUUCUACCAGCUUUGCACUUUUAGAUUGGGAACACUAUUUUUUUAAGUCUUGACACAGUUGCCUAGUUGGAUUUAGGUGUGGACUUUGACUAGGUCAUCCUAACAAAUGUAUAUGCUUUGAUCUAAACCGUUCCAUUGUAGCUCUGGCUGUAGGUUUAGGAUCAUUACCCUGCAAGAAGGUGCCCCUCUGACCAGCUUCCUUUUUCCUGCAGAAGAAAAGCAUCCCCACAGCAUGAUGCUGCCACCGCCAUGUUUUAAUGGUGGAAAUUGUGUGUCGGGGUGAUGUGCUGUAUCAGUUAGCAAAGUCGUACAUAAUUUGUGGAAAAACUACUACUUCUCACCGUGCCCUGCAGAUGAUGGACUGAACAGAACUCUGUGAGAUGUUCAAAGCCUGGGAUAUUGUUUUAGAACCUCAUUCUGCUUUAUACUUCUUCUCAACUUUUUCCCUGACCUUUCUGCUGUGUUCCUUGGUCUCCAUGGUGGCGUUUGUUCUCUAAUGUUCUCUAAAAAACCUUUAAGGUCUUCACACAACAGCUGUAUCUAUGCUGAGAUAGAUUUAUACACAGUGUUUACUAAUGAGGUGACUUAAAUAAGGUGGUUUGUUGCACUAGGCUUUAUUUAGGUGCUGUUUAUAGAUGUUUAUUAAUAAAAUAAAUUUUAACAACGUAUUUUCUUUCCACUUCACCGUUUAUUACUUUGCGUUGGUCUACCAUAUGAAAUCCCAAUAAAAUACAUUAUAGUUAGUGUUUGUUAUGUGAAGUGGUAGUGGUAUGAAUACCUUUGCAAGGCACUGUAUGUUUAAACUGGACAGACAGGAAACCAUAGCAACGUCAUGCUGCUGGUUGGGCCACGAGCAGAUCAGGAAGACAGUGGUUUUAAAUAAUCAUAAUAAUCAUAAAUGAAGCGUAGGACUACAAUUCAAACCUGUCUAAUAGGUGAAGUACUUUAUUUGCAGUGAUUGUUGAUAUAAUUGUGCAAUUUUGUUUUAUACUGUAUGUAGUUAGAUCUAAAUAUGCCUACAACUGUGAUUCGCUUUAACUGUCGUCAGUGUCCGACAUAGAAGUCCUGUGAAACUUCAUGAACUAGUAUAUGCACACGUAUAUACAUCUAUAUAGAUAUAUAUAUAUAUAUAUAUAUAUGUUUUCUUGUACACUCACACACACUGACAACACGUCUGCACCUCUGGAUACACAUGAACACAUUUUUCAGAGCUAGAAACUCGGGUCUGACCUGUGAGGAAGAGUUCACAGAACCGAGGGCUUAAAAAGAAACCACACAAAACUUUAUUGUUUGUUCCAACUCUGACAGAGAGGCACGUUUACGUCCCAGAACGCAACCAAAGAGCUCGCCUGUUUGUCUUUCUGGAGAGUGUAAAAAAACAAAGAAAAAAAUGAAACAAUGAAGCUACCGGAGAUAUGAGAUCGAUAAACUGAGCCCUUCCACAUGCUGAUUUAUUAAAAAGGGAUGGGAUGGGUGGGAAAAAGGGGAAGAUACAGAUGUGUGAGCCAGGGUUGACGCAAUCACCAGAUUUUUAAUGUUUUGUUUUUUUUGUUUCCUGCAAUGCUUGAAGUACCGGACCUGCUAAAUAAAAAUGGUGGACAUUAUAUGUUUGGGUUCUAUCAAAAGGUGCGUAUUUUAAAGCUGAAAAAGAACGAGAGAGGGGUGAUGGUCAUGAAUGCAAUGUGCAGAAAUUUAAUGAGGGGCUUGUUGGUGUGAGAUGGGCUCUGGGUUGAGGAACAGGUGUGUGUGAGUGUGUGAGAAACUAUUUUCAGUCAUAAACUGUUGUUUUUCCUGCUUUUGGACAGACGCUUGUGUUUCUGUCAUCUAAGAAAAGCUAAUUAGACCUUAGCAGUAGAGAUAUUAUCCCUGACGAGUAAUAACGAGCAUCUUUGUGAAGUGAAUUCUGGGUAUAGCUUUUAUUUUUUCAGACAUUUCUUUGCCCCUUUUACCCAGACAGUUUUCUAUCCUUUUUUCUAUUUGUUUCUUCUCUCUGUUGUGCACUAGACUUUGUAUCUGAACAGUUUGCAACAGUCAGCGGUUGUUUUCGUUUAAGAACAGGAAAAGACUGAGAAAAAUCUUUUGCAAUACCUCAAUUUUGAAAUAUAUUAGGAGAGAAACAGAUAUUUUCUAAGUUUAUUCAGAUGGACAAAUAUAUAUUAAUUUAAUUCUUCAAGAAAGAUGAUUUAACAGAUGAUUUUUUAAAUAUUUUUUGCUUUUAUUUAAAAGUUUUUUUUUUUUAAGAGAGUAACUGAAGGAGCUAAAGCUUUAUAACUAUAUGCUCUUAGUGAGAGUAUGGUCUACCUUACUGGACUAGAAGCAGGAGUGAGAGUCCCACUGGUUUAAUUGGUUGCAGCAUCAGAGAAGAGAGCUCCUACGGACAUCAAAUAUCAGGUGCUCGGAGAGAAAUUAAAACAGAUUUCCCACCUUUUUUUAUAUUUAUAAUCAAUCAUCUACUGUGCUGACCAGAGUUGUGAAAGAGAUCUUCUGUUCGUUAUUUUUUUAAAGAGACGUUUUUUAUGUUUCCUAAAAGUAUGUGCUCCCGUUUUGUUUUGUAAAAAAAAAAAAAAAAAACAGAAAAAGACAAAAAAAAAAUUUGAAAAUAAGAAGUAGUAACGCAACAUUGAUUUGAUAGCCUGACGUAGUUGGGGAAAAAUAAGACUUCUGAAAGUCACUGGACGUAGAAAUAGAAAAGAAUGUUAUUUUUAACACUAAACAGACUCAAGUGUUUUCACCUGUAACUUGAUUGAAAGCCCCCAAGGUGCAUCAAUUGACUGGUGGCCUUCUAUUCACGCAAGACUUGAAUUAGUCCCUUCCCCCUUCCUCCUUUUUUAAGGCUAACAACCUUGAUUCUUUGUCGUAAUGUGCAAUACUCUGUUUGUACUGUUUGUAGAAAAGAAGAAAACAAGAAAAAGGCAUAAAUCUUAUUGCAAAAUUAUUUUCAUUGCAAGCAUUGUGAUCCACUAAAAUCAUUUUCUACUGUGUAUUUACCUACUCUACCUGCUAGUACCUUCCAGUAGUAAUGUAGCCUUUGUACUGAGAAAUGUUCUUUUUUUUUUAGUUUUGCAAAAAAUAAAAAGAAUUCAAGCAUAUUUACAUUUUAUUAUUAUUUCAUAUAUUUUUUCUUUACAGACUUGUUUCUCAACCAUUAAGAAAGAGAAUUUAAUAUCUGGUCAAUGUCAUUAAUAUUAUUUUGUAUUUUUAUUUUUAAUAAAUUAAUUUUAUGAUGCUAAUUUCUUAAUUUCUUUUUUUCAUUCUUUUGGAAGCUGAAAAAACCCUUUGUAUUAUUGUUACUAAACUUGUCUUGAAAUGCUGAGCUUUACGUGUUAACUCGCUGAUGUUGCUUACAUUAGUGUGAAAGUGAUCUACAGAAGUAAACAAAAACAAAAAACUAAUCGUAAAGAAAGAGACUGGUGGUUGGUGAUGUAUAAGUGGUUCAUAAUGUAAACAAAUGAAUGGGCAAUAAAGGAAAACUGGCAGAAAGGAA